UAAAUCAAAGAAUGUAUAUUAUUUUAGGAUGAAGAAAGUACUUUUAGAUGGAUAAAGCUUCGAUAAUCAAAGACGCAAUCGAUUACAUCCAAGAGUUGUAUGAACAGGAGAAGCGAAUUCAAGCUAACAUAAGGGAGCUAGAAUCCAAAAAAUCGAAUAGAAAUCCAGCUAAUUACGACAUUUUCGAUCAAGAACUUCUAGUACUUUUGAGAUCGAAGAAGACAAAGGUCGAUAACUUUUACAAUUCCGGUGGAUCAAGAGCCUCUCCGAUUGAAGUCCUUGAAAUGAAGGUGACGGAAAUGGGAGAAAAGACGAUGGUGGUGAGCAUAACUUGCAGUAAGAAGGUGGAGAGCAGCGACAGAGUCGAUGAUGGAUAGAUGAUGGAGGCUUCAUCGCCGUUAGUGAAAGGAGAAAGUGCAGAGGGAAUUCAAAUUGAAAUUGAAAUAAACUAUUUUUCUCUUU